AUGGAGGCAUUAAAAUCGCUUACGAGCUUCACCGACAGGUUUUACGAACAAAUAAUAAAUGAAAGUCAUGGUCAGUGGGAAAAUACUUUUCUCUCCCCUUUCAAUAUCUAUACUGCCCUCGGAAUGGUUCUUUCUGGCAGCGAAAACAAUACGAAAGCCGAGAUGAUAAGAGCGAUGCAAUUGUCUGACUGUUUAGAACACGAUCAAGUUCAUUGUGAAAUUGCUCAACUUCUAAAUGAUUGUUCGAAACCUAGUAAAGGUGUUGAGAUAAUCCUUGCUAAUAGAUUGUUCGUUGCACAAAAUGUAAGAAUCAAAGAGCAGUUCAAAGCUAAUCUGAAGACAAACUACAAUGCUCCAACAGAACAUGUGGCAUUUGAGACUGACAUAGAAGGUUCUCGAAACCGGAUAAACCAGUGGGUCAGUGAACAAACUAAAGGACAAAUUCAAGAACUCAUUUCACCCGGUUCAUUAACAAACGACACUUCUGCUGUAGUAACAGCUACUACAUACUUCAAAGGUAUGUGGAAUUUGUCUUUCCCUGAGGACAACACACACACUAGCGAGUUUUAUGAACUAAACGGAUCAAAAAUGAGUGUGAAGUUGAUGCAUAACGAAUCGUAUUUCAAUAUGGCCAGUUUACCCCACUUAAAGUCACGAGCUGUUAAAAUACCAUUUAAAAACCCGAAGUUUACGUUAUUAGUUAUUCUUCCAAAUGUAAAUGACGGAUUGCCAGAUUUGCUGGAUUCGAUGUAUAAACAUGGUGGAAUUUCUUCAAUACUUUCCAGUAGUUUUCAAAAUACGAAAUUGAAAUUGUAUUUGCCUAAAUUUAAAUUGAGAGAAGGUCGUGCCUUAAAACUGAAAAAUCAUCUACGGAAAUUGGGAAUAAACGAUGCAUUCUGUCCUUUAUCAGCUGACUUUUCAAAUGUUUCUGACUCAGAUAGAAUGUGUAUAUCAGAUGUGAUGCAUAAAGCUAUAUUUGAGGUAGAUGAGAAAGGUGCAGUAGCAGCUGCAGCUACAGCAAUACAAAUGGUUCGAUACUCAGCUGGAAGAUCUUACAAACAUAUACCAGAAUUUCGUAUUAAUCAUCCAUUCUUCAUUUCAAUUAUUUGGAAUGAUUCUUUACCAAUAUUUCUUGGACAUGUUACAUCACCAUUGAAUCAUUGAGAUGAAAAACACUGUCACUGGAGUUUAUUUAUUUAUCUAAGUGCCAACUUUUAAUUUCUUUAUUCAUAUAUGACUUACUAGUAAUCAUUUCAAUAAGAGAGUUCAUUUCAUUUUUACCCCUGUGAUCAUGUAUUUUUUUAAAAAGUUUAUUUUUACGUUUUAAUAAUUUUCCAUAUUUUUCUAUGAUCUGACUUUUAUGUUCACAUGACCACUGAUCGGUAACUAAGAUGAGGUUGUUCCGUAUGUUUAAAAUAACUCAUAUAUUGUUGGGCUAUAUAAAGGCCAGAAGUAAAGGUAGUGUGUGUGUGGUCUUACAUGUGUAUGGCAAUGUAAAUCCAAAUGCAGGUUUGCUUGCAUGUUACCACAACUUAGGUAGUAGGGAAAUCGAAGACGAUUGAGUUGAUUGAUUCUGGUUGGUAUUCACCUGCACAAAUAUCUGGUGUUGUUGCUCUGUAGUGCAAUCAAUAAAGUGUUUUGAUGUGCUGCUGAUAUAUUGACAAGUUGUCACUGUUACUGUUACUGGUGCGACUGGAGUAUGAGACAAUGAGAUGGUGCAGCGGAAGGCAACCUACUUGGAUGUGAUGCAAUGGAACGCAAUGCAAUCCAACACAAAUCGACGAUAUUUAGUUAACUUAAUUGUGCUACUGAAAUGCUCGACAGUAGUUUGGUAUUUAGUGGAAUACUUGAAUGGAAAUUCGUUGUGUAAGCUGAAUAGACUAUUGUUGAUGUGUUGGUGGAUUGUGGUGCACAUGCACUACUGUUGGUGAGUAAUUUGAUUGACGACUGUAGACCGUAGUGUAGACGAUGAGUAGAAGUGUGUAGUGGAUUUGAUGAUCUAAGAAGAAGAUUGCGAUAAGAUGUGCAAAUUGGUGAUGAGGUUGAAUGUGAUUUGUGUUGUAGUGAGGUUUGCUAGGGUUGUCAAGAAAAGCACUUGGUCAGCAGUAUGCUGCAAAAGAUUGUACAGUGCAUCCGAUGCCCACUCUUCAAAGACAUAUGUAGAAGUAGCGUGUGUGGUUUUAGAUGUGUAUGUAAAUCAAGAUGCAGGUUUAGUUGCAUUAAUCACUGUUGCUGUUACUGGUGCGACUUGAGGAUGAGACAAAGAGCUGGUGCAGCAGAACGCAACCCAACUGGAUAUGAUGCAAUGGAACGCAAUGAAAUUCCAUACCAUGCAACGCAAUGCAAUUCAACACAAAUCGACGAUAUUUAGUUAACUUAAUUGUGCUACUGAGAUGCUCGACAGUAGUUUGGUGUUUAGUGGAAUAAAUGAAUGGAAAUCCGUUGUGUAAGCUGAAUAGACUAUUGUUGAUGUGUUGGUGGAUUGUGGUGCACAUGCACUACUGUUGGUGAGUAAUUUGAUUGACGACUGUAGACCGUAGUGUAGUCGAUGAGUAGAAGUGUGUAGUGGAUUUGAUGAUCUAAGAAGAAGAUUGCGAUAAGAUGUGCAAAUUGGUGAUGAGGUUGAAUGUGAUUUGUGUUGUAGUGAGGUUUGCUAGGGUUGUCAAGUAAAGCACUUGGUCAGCAGUAUGCUGCAAAAGAUUGUACAGUGCAUCCGAUGCCCACUCUUCAAAGACAUAUGUAGAAGUAGCGUGUGUGGUUUUAGAUGUGUAUGUAAAUCAAGAUGCAGGUUUAGUUGCAUUAAUCACUGUUGCUGUUACUGGUGCGACUUGAGGAUGAGACAAAGAGCUGGUGCAGCCGAACGCAACCCAACUGGAUGUGAUGCAAUGGAACGCAAUGAAAUUCCAUACCAUGCAACGCAAUGCAAUUCAACACAAAUCGACGAUAUUUAGUUAACUUAAUUGUGCUACUGAGAUGCUCGACAGUAGUUUGGUGUUUAGUGGAAUAAAUGAAUGGAAAUCCGUUGUGUAAGCUGAAUAGACUAUUGUUGAUGUGUUGGUGGAUUGUGGUGCACAUGCACUACUGUUGGUGAGUAAUUUGAUUGACGACUGUAGACCGUAGUGUAGUCGAUGAGUAGAAGUGUGUAGUGGAUUUGAUGAUCUAAGAAGAAGAUUGCGAUAAGAUGUGCAAAUUGGUGAUGAGGUUGAAUGUGAUUUGUGUUGUAGUGAGGUUUGCUAGGGUUGUCAAGUAAAGCACUUGGUCAGCAGUAUGCUGCAAAAGAUUGUACAGUGCAUCCGAUGCCCACUCUUCAAAGACAUAUGUAGAAGUAGCGUGUGUGGUUUUAGAUGUGUAUGUAAAUCAAGAUGCAGGUUUAGUUGCAUUAAUCACUGUUGCUGUUACUGGUGCGACUUGAGGAUGAGACAAAGAGCUGGUGCAGCCGAACGCAACCCAACUGGAUGUGAUGCAAUGGAACGCAAUGAAAUUCCAUACCAUGCAACGCAAUGCAAUUCAACACAAAUCGACGAUAUUUAGUUAACUUAAUUGUGCUACUGAGAUGCUCGACAGUAGUUUGGUGUUUAGUGGAAUAAAUGAAUGGAAAUCCGUUGUGUAAGCUGAAUAGACUAUUGUUGAUGUGUUGGUGGAUUGUGUUGCACAUGCACUACUGUUGGUGAGUAAUUUGAUUGACGUCUGUAGACCGUAGUGUAGUCGAUGAGUAGAAGUGUGUAGUGGAUUUGAUGAUCUAAGAAGAAGAUUGCGAUAAGAUGUGCAAAUUGGUGAUGAGGUUGAAUGUGAUUUGUGUUGUAGUGAGGUUUGCUAGGGUUGUCAAGAAAAGCACUUGGUCAGCAGUAUGCUGCAAAAGAUUGUACAGUGCAUCCGAUGCCCACUCUUCAAAGACAUAUGUAGAAGUAGCGUGUGUGGUUUUAGAUGUGUAUGUAAAUCAAGAUGCAGGUUUAGUUGCAUUAAUCACUGUUGCUGUUACUGGUGCGACUUGAGGAUGAGACAAAGAGCUGGUGCAGCAGAACGCAACCCAACUGGAUAUGAUGCAAUGGAACGCAAUGAAAUUCCAUACCAUGCAACGCAAUGCAAUUCAACACAAAUCGACGAUAUUUAGUUAACUUAAUUGUGCUACUGAAAUGCUCGACAGUAGUUUGGUGUUUAGUGGAAUAAAUGAAUGGAAAUCCGUUGUGUAAGCUGAAUAGACUAUUGUUGAUGUGUUGGUGGAUUGUGGUGCACAUGCACUACUGUUGGUGAGUAAUUUGAUUGACGACUGUAGACCGUAGUGUAGUCGAUGAGUAGAAGUGUGUAGUGGAUUUGAUGAUCUAAGAAGAAGAUUGCGAUAAGAUGUGCAAAUUGGUGAUGAGGUUGAAUGUGAUUUGUGUUGUAGUGAGGUUUGCUAGGGUUGUCAAGUAAAGCACUUGGUCAGCAGUAUGCUGCAAAAGAUUGUACAGUGCAUCCGAUGCCCACUCUUCAAAGACAUAUGUAGAAGUAGCGUGUGUGGUUUUAGAUGUGUAUGUAAAUCAAGAUGCAGGUUUAGUUGCAUUAAUCACUGUUGCUGUUACUGGUGCGACUUGAGGAUGAGACAAAGAGCUGGUGCAGCCGAACGCAACCCAACUGGAUGUGAUGCAAUGGAACGCAAUGAAAUUCCAUACCAUGCAACGCAAUGCAAUUCAACACAAAUCGACGAUAUUUAGUUAACUUAAUUGUGCUACUGAGAUGCUCGACAGUAGUUUGGUGUUUAGUGGAAUAAAUGAAUGGAAAUCCGUUGUGUAAGCUGAAUAGACUAUUGUUGAUGUGUUGGUGGAUUGUGUUGCACAUGCACUACUGUUGGUGAGUAAUUUGAUUGACGUCUGUAGACCGUAGUGUAGUCGAUGAGUAGAAGUGUGUAGUGGAUUUGAUGAUCUAAGAAGAAGAUUGCGAUAAGAUGUGCAAAUUGGUGAUGAGGUUGAAUGUGAUUUGUGUUGUAGUGAGGUUUGCUAGGGUUGUCAAGAAAAGCACUUGGUCAGCAGUAUGCUGCAAAAGAUUGUACAGUGCAUCCGAUGCCCACUCUUCAAAGACAUAUGUAGAAGUAGCGUGUGUGGUUUUAGAUGUGUAUGUAAAUCAAGAUGCAGGUUUAGUUGCAUUAAUCACUGUUGCUGUUACUGGUGCGACUUGAGGAUGAGACAAAGAGCUGGUGCAGCAGAACGCAACCCAACUGGAUAUGAUGCAAUGGAACGCAAUGAAAUUCCAUACCAUGCAACGCAAUGCAAUUCAACACAAAUCGACGAUAUUUAGUUAACUUAAUUGUGCUACUGAAAUGCUCGACAGUAGUUUGGUGUUUAGUGGAAUAAAUGAAUGGAAAUCCGUUGUGUUAGCUGAAUAGACUAUUGUUGACGUGUUGGUGAAUUGUGAUGUGCAUGCAUUACUGUUGGUGAGUAAUAUGAGGUAGGCAUUUGUAUACGCAAAAUGAAAUGACUGUUUUGACAGUGAUAAAUUUUUCAUACUUUGGUUUUUCUUCAUUGAAAUAAUACGAUUUUUAAUACGUCUAUGAUUAAUACAGAAACUUACAUUCAAGCAAAAGAAUUUACCAUUGUUAUGACUUGUUGCCGAGUAGAUGCCUUGUUAACUUAUUACGUUUUAAGAUCGCCAAUUAAAGAGCAACGAAUUAUCGAUCGGACCAGUGGUACACGGAAACCGUACAAACAGUCUACAGUGCUUAUUGAUCCUGCUUUCUGCCUAUCCUAACCACUUAAAUCCAGAACAGCCUCUCUGGUAUGAAUCAUUAUAUUUCAAACAUACUGGGUUUAUAUACCAAUCAAACUGACCACAUUGUACCAAU